AUGGAGAUGCGCAUUGGCUCUCGUAAUAAAGCUAGAAAUCUCACUGGAGAAGCGAAGAAGCCACCACUCGAAGAUCCUAGUUACGCAAUAUGGGUCAUCGAAAAUCACAAAGUGAAAAGUUGGCUUAUUGAUUCAAUGGAUCCAUUGCUGAUGCAGCGGUUCAUUUGUCUUUCCACGGCCAAGGAAAUUUGGGAGGCUAUAGCAAAGACCUUUUAUGACGGAUCGGAUGAGACUUGUCUCUUUGAAUUCAAUCAGAAAUCCUUCUCCACCACACAGAAUAGUAGACCAUUAUCCACAUAUUAUAAUAAAUUUGUUGCUAUUUUCCAGGAAAUAGAUCACAAGAUGACCUCUCAAGAAGAAACCGUCGAAGGGGUGGUCCAAUUGCAUUCCGCAAUGGCUAGGCUUCGAGUUCAUAUUUUUUUAAAUGGGCUUGAUCCUGAGUUUGAUCACAUUUGUGGAGAAAUCCUUCGGAAGGACCCCAAACUUAAUCUAGAAAGCACUUAUACAUAUGUACGAAGAGAAUACCAACAAAGACAGACGAUGGAAGGUUCUCGACCUAUCCCUGAAAGCUCUGUUAUGGUAGCCAAACGAACUCAGCAAGGACCAUCAUCUGGCUCAACAAAAACUCAAAGUGUCAAGUCUAAUAAUUUUGUCUGUAGUUAUUGUGGCGAGAUAGGGCAUUCAAAACAAAGAUACUAUGAAAUCAUAGGCUAUCCUGAAUGGUGGGACUUCACAAAAAAUAUUAUCAUUCUACAUGAAUCACCAAUAUCUGAUGAAAAAUCACCAACAUCUGAAGAGUUGCCCAUGAUAACACCAUUGACUAAAGAAUCAACUCAGAAUGUCCUAAGCACCAACAUUUCUACUCAGAUAAACCCCAGUCCUAUACUUAAUGAGUGUAAUGAAACAAGUAACUCUCGUGACAAUUUGGCUCCUAGAUAUCCAUAA